AUGGCAUCGGACAAGGAGCCAAAUCCGAAGAUGGCGUGGGAAUCUCAGGACCUCCCGAGUGCAUUUAAGUCAUUCAAAGCUCACUGGGAAUUUAUGUUUGGUGGACCUCUCAAAGGGAAAUCGGAGGAACAGCAGUGCAAUUACCUGAUGUUAUGGGUAGGUGAAAAGGGCAGAAACAUUUAUUCGACUUGGAAUCUGAAGGGUGAUGACAAGAAAACUUUAAAAGUUUAUUUUGACCGUUUUGAACAAUAUUGCAGGCCUAAAUCUAAUGUGAUAUAUGCACGUUACAAGUUCAAGUGUCGCACUCAAGAUGAAGAAGAAACUUUGGAACAGUUUUAUACCGAUUUGAAAGUGUUGUUCAAUGACUGUGGUUAUAAUCCUGAUAUUGAGGAUGAGAUGUUGAGAGAUCACAUUGUGUUUGGUGUGAAAUCAAAGAAAGUUCGUGAAAAACUCAUUAGUGAAGGAUCAGAGCUGACCCUACAGAAAUGUACAGACAUUGUAAGAACAUUUGAGCUGUCACAGAAGCAAUUGAAAUCUAUGAAUUCAUCAGGGGAAGAUCCUAAUGUGAAUAUGAUUGUAAAGAAGAAGCCGCAAGCAGUUAAACCUCGCGCAUUCAAGGCAAAACAGAAGAAGUGUUCCCGAUGUGGAUACGAACAUUUCUAUAAAGAUAGAUGUCCUGCUAUUGGACAGUUGUGUAAUUUGUGUCAGAAGCCUGACCAUUUCGCAAGUAUGUGCAAAACUAAAACACAGCCGUACUCCAACAAGCAUGUUAAAACCAAAGAAUAUCAUAAACAGAAGAAGAAAGUGAAUAUGGUACAAGAAAUAUCAUCAGAUACAGACAGUGAAAGUGACGAAGAAAGUGAUACAUCUGCUGAAAUAUUUAUGGGCAUGAUACAUGAAAUUAACUCUGUAAAUCCAGAAUCAGACUGGACAGUUACCUGUAAAGUGAAUGACCAUAGUGUAACAAUGCAUGUGGACACUGGAGCCAAAUGUUAUGUCGUUAGCCGGAAUGUUCUACAGCGCCUGAAAUUCAGUGAAACAAUACAGAGAUCAGAAGCUGUAUUGAAACGUUUCAGUGGACAUACCAUGAAAUCCACAGGAUUAGUAGUACUUCCAUGCAUUUUUCACCAUGAAACAUUCAACAUUCCAUUUGAAGUUGUAGACAUCAAAACUCCAACAGUACUUGGAUCAGAGACAAGUCAACAGAUAGGACUAGUUCAGAAGAUGUUUAGUGUGGCACAAUUUGAAACAAAGGCCUCACAAAACCUAACCGAACAGUUGAUACGCAAGAACUAUUCAGAUUUAUUCAUUGGUGUUGGUCGUUUACCUGGCAAACACAAGAUACACUUGAAGGAGGAUGUGCAACCAGUCGUCCAUCCACCGAGACGUUUCUCAGUAGCACUUUGUCAAAAGGUGAAGGACAAACUUAGAACCAUGGAGAAAGAAGGAAUCAUUGUUCGGCAGAUAGAGCCAACUGAGUGGGUCAACAGUCUUGUUACAGUCAUAAAACCCAAUGGUUCAGUGAGACUUUGCCUUGAUCCUAGAGAUCUCAACAAAGCCAUAAGAAGACCCCAUUAUCCUAUGCUUACCAUUGAGGAAAUUGUCUCUCGCAUGCCAAAUGCCAAGUCCUUCUCCAAGUUGGAUGCAACUUCCGGUUUUUGGCAGAUUCAGCUGGACGAGGACAGUUCCAAACUUUGUACAUUUAACUCACCACUUGGAAGAUUCAGAUUCUUAAGGAUGCCAUUUGGUCUCAACUGUGCAUCGGAAAUAUACCAAAGUGUGAUGUCACGAAUGGUGGAAGACAUUGACGGUGCUGAAGUCAUAGUUAACGAUAUUCUUGUGUGGGGUGAAACUCUAAAAGAACAUGACGAAAGAUUAAAGAAAGUCUUAGAACGAGCAAGAGACUAUAAUUUGAAAUUGAGUUCCGAAAAAUGUGAAUUCCGCAGAAAGGAAGUGACCUAUGUUGGACAUGUUCUCAGUAGUGAGGGACUCAAGGCAGAUCCAGAGAAGAUCCGGGCCGUGACAGAAAUGACACCGCCAGCUAACAAAAAGGACCUAAGGAAAUUCAUGGGAUUGAUUCAGUAUCUUGCCAAUUUCUUCCAAACUUGUCUCAGGAAUCGGCACCCUUACGGCAAUUACUCUCUUAGGGUGUUGCAUGGCAUUGGGAUGGAAACAAGCAGAAAAGUUUCCAGAAACUGA